GUGAGCAGAAAGAAACAAGCCACACCCAGUUCAAUGACGUUGAACCUGUGCUGCCAAGAAAGAUGGCGUCGGUAUCAGAAAUGUACGAUGUAACCUGGGAAGAAAUGAGAGACAAGCUGCGGAAGUGGAGGGAGGAUAACCACAGAAACAGUGAGCAAAUCGUGGAUGUUGGUGAAGAAUUAAUAAAUGAGCAUGCGUCCAAACUUGGAGAUGACAUAUGGAUAAUUUAUGAGCAGGUGAUGAUAGCUGCGCUGGACUGCAGUCGGGAUGAUUUGGCUUGGACUUGUCUACAGGAACUGAAGAGGCAGUUUCCAGGUAGCCAACGAGUGAAGCGAUUAGCAGGCAUGCGGCUGGAGGCUUUGGAAAAGUACGAGGAUGCCAGCAAGCAGUAUGAUUCAAUACUGCAAGACGAUCCCACCAAUACGGCGGCGAGGAAGAGGAAGAUCUCGAUUCUGAAGGCCCAGGGGAAGAGUGCCGAGGCCAUCCGCGAGCUCAACGAGUAUCUGGAGCAGUUCGUCGGUGACCAGGAAGCGUGGCACGAGCUGUCGGAACUCUACAUCAACGAGCACGACUAUGGAAAAGCAGCUUUCUGUCUGGAGGAGCUGAUGAUGACCAACCCUCACAAUCACUUGUACUGUGAGCAGUACGCUGAGGUGAAGUACACCCAAGGGGGGCUGGAAAACCUGGAGCUGUCCAGAAAGUAUUUUGCCCAGGCUCUGAAGCUGAACAACAGAAACAUGAGGGCCUUGUUCGGUCUGUAUAUGUCGGCAAGCCACAUUGCUGCCAGCCCCAAAGUGAACGCCACGGUGAAAAAGGCCAAUGUGAAGUAUGCUACUUGGGCCACCAAUCAAAUCAACCGAGCCUAUCAGCUGGCCGGUCGCGGGACAAAGGAGAACAAAUGCUCCGUGAAGGCCGUGGAGGAGAUGCUGGAGUCCAUCACCAUGUCCUAGGCCCCACCCCCAACUCUUACACCCCCCCCCCCCCCCCCCCCCUUCCCCUGUUCUACAUGGCUCAACAAGGCAGCUCUGUUGGCUCAAUGCUGUGCACCCUCCCCUCCCCCCUCCAGACUCGGAACACCACCUUCCCUCCCUCUGUUAUUAGAUGAUUUAAAGCAGGACUGCGUCUGAAAUGACACCCUACAUAGUGCCCUUUAUAGUGCAGUACUUUUAACCCAAGCCCUAUCUGAGCAAAUAUUGUGCACUAUGUGAGAUAUAGGGUGACAUUUGAGAUGUAGGACAGGUAGAUGCUCCCGCAUUGAGAUCAGGGACUGAGAAGUGAGUAGAGAAAAGGCUGUAAUAAAUGCUCAUGUAAAGAGAGGGUUUAGACAGGUCCGUCUUUAUGCAGCUAGGCCCUCCGACAUUUCCUUGUCUGUAAUUGAAAUAAAAUCAAAUGUUUUUAUCAUAACUAUAGUUUUUUCCCCACUGUCAGUCCAUCCAGAUGUCUUAAUAAAGGUUUGAAUUCUUUGCUGUC